GAGUACAGAGUAGUGGUCAUUGGUUGGGAUGAGUAUGGAGUAGUGGCCAUUGGUUGGGAUGAGUACGGAAUAGUGGUCAUUGGUUGGGAUGAGUACGGAAUAGUGGUCAUUGGUUGGGAUGAGUACGGAGUAGUGGUCAUUGGUUGGGAUGAGUACGGAGUAGUGGUCAUUGGUUGGGAUGAGUACGGAGUAGUGGUCAUUGGUUGGGAUGAGUACGGAGUAGUGGCCAUUGGUUUUAGCAGUUAGUAGAUCAUUAGUGAGGUUUAGUAGGGCAGUUUCAGUGGUCAUAGGAUGGAAGAGGGUGACCGUAGUAGUUGUGAGGGGACAGGAU